AUGACGUCGAGCUCCGACGAGGGAGAGAUCGUCGAGCAUGAUGCUGGAGACUUGAAGGCAACUUCACUGCCGAAGAAGCUUGACGGAAACGGUGUUGACCGCCCAGACAGAACCCGAGAUAGAUACGCGGCAUCACGCUCUCCCGAAUACGACAGCCCGCGGCGAGGCCCGUCACGACGCAGCCCCUCGCCUCGCGGCUUCAAGCGGGCGCGCGACGACCACGACUACGGAGGCAGGGCGCGAGACCAUAGCCGUCGCUUCCGCGUGCACUACGAAGACCACGAUCGCGACAAUGCGCGGUCCUCGCGCAUCUCAUACGACGACAGGGACCGGUCGCCCUCGCGUGCCUCCAACCACAGCUACGAUGGGCGCAACGGAGAUCACGGCCGCGAGUCCGGUCGCCCGCGUGGGCACGAUCAGGACCGUUACCCCGACAAGAGGCCCCGACAACGCAGUCGCUCACCCUACCGAGGCUCCCGCGGCUCCGGGCGAGACGAUAGAUACAGGAGAGAUGAUCAGGGUCCUACUCGCGGCGGUGACGUCUCACGAUCAGCACAGCAGCAUGAUCAGAACCAGCGUGACUUCAGAAAUGGACUCUCGUCGUUCAAACGGGCCUCAGUAGGAGAUGAUCCACGUGCUCCCAAAGAAGUUGCUAAACCUCUCAAAGAACAUGCAAACGGCGAGGCAAACGGCAAAGAGCCCCCUCAGGAUGACCUUCAGGAUUUUGAAGAGCCGGCAGUCAUCGACGAGGAAGCCGAGAUUGAGCGCCGACGCAAGCGUCGUGCUGAGCUCCUGGCCAAGUCCAGUUCCGCAACACCUCUCCUGGUUCAUGCCGUGCAUGCUGCUGAUCGCUCGACCAUUUCUUCUCCAGCGUACACUCGACAGGGCACACCGUCACGAACGGAUGUCGAUACCCCAUUAUCAGGUUGGUUUCUGUCUUCCAUCAAGGUCGCUCGUGCUAAUUUGACAGACAUGGGUUCACCGAGCUCCAACGCUCCCCAGGAUGUCCGAUCACCAGCUCUUGACAUAUUGACCGAAACGGAUCUCAUCAACCGACAUGCGGUCAAUGACUUGGACGACGAUGGUCCAUCGGCUGCUGAUUACGAUCCGACUGCUGACAUGCAAGAGGAUGGAAAACGCGAUGAGUUGCGGCAUGGUAACGUCGGUCUGCACGGCGAGGCCCUUGCUGAAACACAGGCCGACAUCACAGAACCUGAGCCUGCACCGGCAAAAGACACAAAUGGCGAUGGUGAUGAUGACGACGAUGACUUUGACAUGUUUGCCGACGAUUUUGAUGAGGAAAAAUAUGCCGCCCCGAAGCAGUCAGAGGCCAUGGUGGUGAACCAAGACAAGGGAACACCAGGCCAAGCUCAACCAGUGGGUGGCAUUCUUGACGGUGACGAUAAGGAAGGAUACUAUAAGAUCCGAAUUGGCGAGGUUAUGAACGGUCGGUAUCAAGUUCAGUCUAUGCUCGGCAAGGGCAUGUUCUCAGGCGUGGCGCGCGCUGUUGACAUUACAACGAAGAAGCUCGUUGCCAUCAAGAUCAUGCGCAACAAUGAUGCACUGCGCAAGGGCGGCUUUACUGAGAUCUCCAUCCUUCAGAAGCUCAAUGAUGCUGAUCCCGAGAACCGAAAGCAUAUUGUCAAGUUUGAGCGACAUUUCGACUUCAACGGCCAUCUUUGCAUGGCUUUUGAGAACCUCAGUCUCAAUUUGCGAGAAGUGCUGCGCAAGUUUGGUAAUAAUGUUGGCAUUAACCUGGGCGCGACCAGGGCGUACGCGCACCAGAUCUUUGUGGGACUGGCUCACAUGCGCAAAUGCACCAUCAUCCACGCCGAUCUGAAGCCUGACAAUAUCUUGGUCAACGAGAAUCGAAACGUGCUCAAGAUCUGUGAUCUGGGAACGGGUGUUGAUCGGUCAGACGCUGCCACGGCGCACAACGAGAUCACGCCGUACCUCGUCAGUCGCUUCUACCGCGCUCCCGAGGUCAUUCUCGGAAUGCCGUACGAUUACGCCAUCGACAUGUGGUCCAUUGGUUGCACUCUCUAUGAGCUCUACACUGGCAAGAUUUUGUUCACGGGUGACAGUAACAACCAGAUGCUCAAGGCCAUCAUGGAAGUACGUGGCAAGAUCACGCCAAAGCUCUACAAGCGAGGUCAGCUCUCAGCGAUGCAUUUCGACGAUUUAGGCAACUUCAUCAGCGUUGAGCAUGACAAGGUGCUCGGCAAGACUGCCGUCAGAACCCUGUCGAUCGUGAAGCCCACUCGCGACCUGCGUACGCGCCUCACAACCGCAGCGGCGGGGAUGAGCGAUGCCGAGACCAGGGAUCUCAACCAAUUUAUCGACCUGCUCGAACAUUGCCUAGCGCUGAACCCGGAGAAGCGGAUCAAGCCCUUGGACGCCCUGAAGCACCCCUUCUUCACGGCGAGACUGCCCCCUGCGAAGCGGUAG